AUGUCUUAUACUGAAACAGAGCAGCUUGAGCUAUCUCAGCAGCUUGUGCUGGAAUGUGACCUGCUGGACCACAGAUUUGCAGCCCUGAAAAAGUCACUUGUCAAGCCUGAGAACAAACAGAAGGUGAUAGAGUCAUAUGAGCGUCUGGUCAAGAUUCUGCGCAAGGAAGUCGAUCAUAUACACAAGCAUGGAGCUGCUCUGGUUCCAGAAAUUGACUUCGCCGACGUCCAAAAGAACGGUGGCAAUCUUCCUGAUGACUUCACCAAACUGGUGCAUGAGCGAGGCUGUCUGAUUCUUCGAAACGUCGUCAGUGAAGAGCAAGCGGUUAGUUGGGAGACGUCUCUGAAGGACUACACCCAGCGUCAUCCAGGCGUAGGCGGUCACCCCCACCACAGACCAGCAGCUUGGAACGUGUUCUGGACCAAAGCACAGAUGGAAAUGCGAACCCAUCCAAGAGUCUUGGAAGCCAUGAGAUGCGUCUCCAGGUUAUGGCACGUAUCUGAUCCAACAAUCCCUAUUGAUCUCGACAGUCAGGUAAUCUACCCUGAUCGAAUUCGGAUCCGCUAUCCCAGCAAUGAUCCCGGGCAGUUUCCCUUGGAUCCUCACAUGGAUAGCGGCGCAAUCGAAAGAUGGGAAGAUGAAGAGAAUCGAAAGAACUACGAAGCCAUUUUUGAAGGAAACUGGCAGGAUUGGGAUGCGUGGUCUGCAGAUCACCGUGUGAAAGCCCAGAGCGAUCUUUAUCGUACGGGAACAGCUUGCUCAGUAUGGAGAAGCCUCCAAGGAUGGCUGUCCCUUUCGAACACACAGACUGGUGAGGGAACACUGCGAGUACUGCCCAGUCUGAAGCUGUCUAUGGCAUAUAUUAUGCUACGGCCUCUGUUCCAUACUGGAGAGUACAACGAUUCUCUGCCCACCUUCCCGGGUGCCACUCCAGGUCAAACCCAGUUCUUCCCAACUGUUGAGGGCCAUCCGGAUCUCGACAUCAAGCGAGCAAUCGUCGGUAUUCCUCCAGUUAGACCCGGUGAUUAUGUGUUCUGGCACUGUGAUCUGGUCCAUGGCGUGGAUCCCACGAACCCAGGGCUUGUCGACUCAAGCGUGUCAUACAACGCGUGUAAUCCGUUGACACCCUACAACAUUGAAUCCCUCCUGACAACUCGGGAGGCUUUUCAGAAAGGAGAUGUUCCGAUCGACUUCACGCGAUCCCAUGGUACCUGGGAAAGGGAAUACGACCAUGAAGAUUGCGGAGCCAAGGUUGAGAACAUUCUUACCAAAGUGGGCCUUCAGGCAAUGGGUCUUGAAAGACUUGAUACGGAAGAAGAGGGUUUGACACAGGGCCAGAAGGAGGUGCGCGAGAUGGCUAAUAGGAAGCUGGGACUAUGA